AGACAGCUGGAGGAGAUAAACAGAGGAGGAGGAGGGAGGGGAGUGCGUGUGUGAGAGCGCGCGAGGGAGUGUGAGUGUGUGUGAGCGCGGGUGUGAGGCGGUGCGCAGGGGCGGGCGGAGGCGCUGUCCGGCCCCGGCCAGGCGCCGGGCGGGGAGCAUGGGAAGAGGCUAGAGUUGCCCGGGUCCUCCAGCCCCCUUCCCGGGAUCCGCGCCCCCACUCCCGGGAGAGGGGCCGGGCUCCCGGGACCGACAUGGGCUCCUGAAGUUGCGCCGCUGGUCCGAGGAAGAGACCUGACAGGGAGACUUUCUCAGAAUGAGAGCCAGGCCAUUCUGUUCAGGAACUUCUGCAGUUGAGACCUGAGUGUGCUGUUGCUGAUCUGAUGGCUACCUGCUUCCCUCUUGAGACAUCUGCCUGGAUGCGGCACAGCUGCAACUCAGAAAAGAAGCGUUUUCGAAUUGAUCAGCUUCAUUUUCCUUGACCUUUCUUUUUGGAGUAGAAUAGGGAAACUUCAGUGGCUUCCUUAUAAGAGGUAGUUAAAUGUGUAUCUUGUGGACCUGCACUUGGCUGGAAUGCACAAGUGUCCUGAAAAUCCUUCUAUAACUUUCUUCUGUUGAACCCAUUAAGAAAAGAUGGCAAAAGUGAACAUAACUAGAGACCUCAUCCGCAGACAGAUCAAGGAGCGAGGUGCCCUGAGCUUUGAGCGGAGAUAUCAUGUCACUGACCCCUUUAUCCGGAGACUGGGCCUAGAAGCAGAGCUGCAGGGUCACUCAGGAUGUGUCAAUUGUCUGGAGUGGAAUGAAAAAGGAGAUUUGCUGGCCUCUGGUUCCGAUGACCAGCACACAAUUGUGUGGGACCCACUGCACCACAAGAAGCUGCUCUCCAUGCACACAGGACACACUGCAAAUAUCUUCUCUGUCAAGUUCCUGCCUCACGCUGGAGACCGCAUCUUGAUCACGGGGGCAGCUGACUCCAAGGUGCAUGUUCAUGACCUAACAGUAAAAGAGACUAUCCACAUGUUUGGAGACCACACAAACCGGGUGAAGCGCAUUGCCACGGCGCCAAUGUGGCCCAACACAUUCUGGAGCGCUGCUGAGGAUGGUCUUAUCCGCCAGUAUGACCUCCGGGAGAACAGCAAACACUCAGAGGUGCUGAUUGAUUUGACAGAGUACUGCGGCCAGCUGGUGGAAGCCAAGUGCCUCACAGUCAAUCCCCAGGACAACAACUGCCUGGCAGUAGGGGCCAGUGGGCCCUUCGUGAGGCUCUACGACAUUCGCAUGAUCCAUAACCACAGAAAAAGCAUGAAGCAGAGCCCUUCAGCAGGUGUGCACACCUUCUGUGACAGGCAGAAACCCCUUCCAGAUGGUGCAGCCCAGUAUUAUGUAGCAGGGCAUCUGCCAGUGAAGCUGCCUGACUAUAACAACCGUCUGAGAGUGCUGGUUGCAACCUAUGUGACCUUCAGCCCUAACGGCACGGAGCUGCUAGUCAACAUGGGAGGGGAGCAGGUCUAUUUGUUUGACCUGACCUACAAGCAAAGGCCAUACACCUUCCUCUUGCCUAGAAAAUGCCAUUCCUCCGGGGAAGUCCAGAAUGGCAAAAUGUCCACCAACGGUGUGUCCAAUGGUGUGUCUAAUGGCCUCCAUCUUCACAGCAAUGGCUUCCGGCUGCCAGAGAAUACAGGACAUGUCAGCCCCCAAGUAGAGUUGCCUCCAUAUCUGGAACGUGUGAAGCAGCAAGCCAACGAGGCUUUUGCCUGCCAGCAGUGGACCCAGGCCAUUCAGCUUUAUAGUAAAGCUGUGCAGAGGGCCCCUCACAAUGCCAUGCUCUAUGGAAACCGAGCUGCUGCCUACAUGAAGCGCAAGUGGGAUGGUGACCACUAUGAUGCCCUGAGGGACUGCCUCAAGGCCAUCUCCCUAAACCCAUGCCACCUGAAGGCACACUUUCGCCUGGCUCGCUGCCUCUUUGAGCUCAAGUAUGUGGCUGAGGCCCUGGAGUGCCUAGAUGACUUCAAAGGGAAGUUCCCAGAGCAGGCCCACAGCAGUGCUUGUGAUGCCUUGGGCCGUGACAUCACAGCUGCCCUCUUCUCCAAAAAUGAUGGUGAGGAGAAGAAGGGAGCUGGGGGUGGUGGCGGCCCUGUCCGACUCCGAAGCACAAGCCGCAAGGAUUCCAUCUCAGAAGAUGAGAUGGUGCUGCGAGAGCGAAGCUACGACUACCAGUUCCGCUACUGUGGCCACUGCAACACCACCACGGAUAUCAAGGAGGCCAACUUCUUUGGCAGCAAUGCUCAGUACAUCGUCAGUGGCUCUGAUGAUGGCUCCUUCUUCAUCUGGGAAAAAGAAACCACCAACCUUGUCCGCGUGCUCCAGGGGGAUGAGUCCAUUGUCAACUGCCUGCAGCCACAUCCCAGCUACUGCUUCCUGGCCACCAGUGGCAUUGACCCCGUUGUGCGACUCUGGAACCCCCGACCAGAGAGUGAAGACCUCACAGGCCGAGUUGUGGAGGACAUGGAGGGCGCCUCUCAGGCCAACCAAAGGCGCAUGAAUGCAGACCCCUUGGAGGUGAUGCUGCUCAACAUGGGCUACCGGAUCACAGGCCUGAGCAGUGGGGGCGCUGGGGCCUCCGAUGAUGAGGACAGCUCCGAGGGCCAGGUGCAGUGCCGGCCCAGCUAGACACUCUUUAGUCCCAGUCCCCAUUCCAGUUUCUGGCUGGCCCUCCUCCCUGGGCAGGAGGUGGGGGGGUUCUGUUUCAGAUUGUCUCCCCCCCCCAUGUUUUCAUUUCUUCUUUGUUAGUUUGGCAUUGGGGGUGGGGGUUGCUGCACCUUGAUGGCUUUCAGACUCUUGGGCUGGUUGUCCCUUGACUGUCACUGGCCCUGCACAGAAGAGCAGGAGGGGAAGCCCCUCCAACUGCCCCACCUCCUGCAUCCACAUCCUUGGAGGGCUCUGGGCUCUCUCAGAACCCUUUCUGCCUCCAUCAGGGAGGAAAGGGCUGAUGCUGUCUUCAAGAACUGCUGUGCCCUUCAUUUGGCAGCAAGAAGGGGAAUGGAACUCUCCUGGGAAAGGCUGGCCAUGACCUGUUGCAGCUCUUGCUCUCUCACCUGCAAGGCUAGUGACCCCUCCCACGCUCUUCAGGGAACGUUAGGGUGGAAGCAAAGAGAAGGAAGGACUGGAGGCCAGGAGUGAGCAAGACCAAGCUACCUGCUCCAGUGGCAGGGAAGCCUCUUUGCCCUCUCCUAGGCACCACCUCCCGCCCUGAGGCUGCUCUCCCUGGCCAUCUCUAGAGGCUCUGCCUUUCCUGAGGGACCUGGCAAGGGUGGGACACCAUACCACACCCUACCUACCCAUGCAGCCACUUCUGUACCACAGCCACUCUGGCCACUUGGGCGCUCCUCGGCCUCACUGUGACCUUUUUGCCAGAGCUCCCAGCCAGGCCAGUGCUGCUGAGGUGGCGCUUCCUGCUAAGGGCCCUUCUCUGCCCUCUCUGCCCUCCUUCCCACCCUAUGUGCUGAGCCGCCACAAAGACCAAAGAAGUGAUGGCUUUUUUCUGUCCCCUGCUGCUCUGGGGGGAGGGGGUGGGAAAGUCCCUAGCUCAGCCCUCCCUCCUUAGCAGCCCCAAGCUUUGAGCUUUACACUGGAUGCAGCGGUCACCCGCCACCAAGCCUCCCUCUCCGUCUGCCCCCUUGGCUCCUGCUCAGGAGCUGCUCUGCGUAGUUGAUUCAUCCUCCCUUCCCUCUCCCUCCCCCUUCCCCUCUGUGCUUCCUUGGCUCCAGCCCUCCAGCUGCAGCCUCUGGGGAGAAGCAGCCUCCUUUCUCUCCCUCUUCUUCUCCCUCCCUCCACCCCUGUCUCUGCCAGGUGCCUCCUCUCAGUCAGGCUUCAGAGCAGCCCUGGAGACAGGAGGGCCACGUUAAAAGCUUUUUCACAGUUUUAAGAAGACAAGGGGGGUGAGGCUAGUGGUGGGGGGUCUGGCACCAUCUCAUUGCUUUAAUCCCAGCGACACAGGUGGCAGCUUCUCCCCCUUCCUGCCCACCCCAGCCCCACUUCCCACCCCUCUCUUCUUCUAGCUUGGUAAUGAAGUAUAUUUAUUGGUGAAGGAAACAGCUGCUGCUGCUUCUCCUGCUGCUGGGACUUGCUCCCCUGUCUCUCCUCCAUGACCUUUCUCUAACCAGAGAGCGGGGAGCGGGAGUAUUGAGACUAGGCCCUGGGACACAAGAACCAGCUAGGGCCCCUUUGCUUUCCUGUGUUCAAGCCACCCGCCAUUUCCUCCCUCCCUGUCUCCGGCUCCCACCCCCUGCCUGCCCAGUCUGGGCCCUGCAGUGUGGAGAGACACAUAAGCCUUACUGUCCUCUGGGGGCAGGAGCCGAGCCUUUUUGUUGCUCUGCUCCCAGGAGAGUGAGGGUGACGCAAUUGAUUAAAACCAUUUUGUUCUA